AUGUCUACCAACCUCGAUCUUUUCGAGCUUGGUACAAAAUUAGAGCAGGUGAUAAAUGAUGAUAUAGCUGGUAUAUCGAUUUUUAACAACUACCUUCAGAAACGUGUUGAUCUCGAAGAAAUGUUCACGCAAGAAAUAUCUAAUUUUCUAAAUUCGGAUAUGAAAACAAAUUCUCUCUCGAUGACACUUAUUUUAGAUGAAAUGAAUGCAUUACUUAAACAUCACAAAGAAAUUGCAGAAAAUUUAAGACAGCAAUUUAUGCCGCCAAUUAGAAGUUUCCUUCAAUACAUAGUUCGCGAACAAAACGCUUUCAGAAACAGUUUACUAGCUAUAAAUGAUUCAGUUAAAUCAGUUAAUAAAAAAUUAAACAUUGCAAAAAGUCAAUUAGACAAAGCAAACCUAGAUGUACUUCAUUACUCAGCAGCACGAGGUGAUAAAUCUCGUAGAACAGUCAAAGAACUUGAAAAUGAUCUCGAAAAAAUCAAAAAAGAACAAGAAGAUACAAUUAAAAACAUCCAAGAAGUACAAUAUCCAAGACUCAUGGAUAACAUAAGCGAAUUAGAUUUCUCAGUACGUACUACAAUCAAAAAUUCUAUAAUAAACUUUGUACAUAAUGAAAUAUCAGUUUCAGAAAAGUCUCUUGAUGCUUUAAAGACAGUUGCAAUAUCAGCAGAGAGAUACGAACCAGCGGCAGAAACUCAGAAGAUUGCUAAAGCCCUUGGAUUUGGCUCAAAACAGAAAAGUAUCUUUGCAAUUGCUCUUUGUAACUUUGAUGGAGCUGAUGACACAGAUCUGCCUUUGUACAGAGGCCAACUAGUUGAAAUUAUUAGGCAGCAUCCAAGUGGUUGGUGGGAAGGCGAAGCUGGAGGAAGAAAAGGAUUAUUCCCAAUGACAUUUGUUGAACCAUUGGUUGAUAUUUCCAACGGUGCUUUGAUAGUAGAAGAGAACUUUGAGGUUGACAAGAAGUGGGAUGCCCAGAAUCCUGGCCAGAUAUCAUUAGAUUUCGGAGAUAUUGUUCAUGUUUAUUCGAUUUUUAAUGAUAUGUGUAAUGGAUACAACAUAGCGAAUGGACAACAUGGGUUAUUCCCUACUAAGGUAAUUAAAUUUGUUAAGAACUUUAGAUUGUAA